AUGGCUGUACUAGAGUCUCGUAUGAGACUGUCAGAGUUGAUAAGAAGACCUGGUCGCUCAAAUAUAUGGUGGGAAAACUUUAUAAACGAAAAGGUUGUCAGUGAAGAAUGGAAGGAAAAUUUCCGUAUGUCUAAACCUAACUUCCUGAAACUUUGUAAUCAGUUGCGGCCAUAUCUUGAGAAGAAAACGACUAGAUAUAGAAAACCUUUAUCUGUAGAGACACAAGUUGCAAUCACACUUUACUAUGUUGCUGACGAAGGACGAUUGCAAAAGGUUGCAAAUGCCUUUGGGAGUGCAAGAUGUACUGCCUCAGUUGUAAUUAGGCGUGUCACACAAAUAAUCAGUUAUGUUAUGGGAAGAAGUUAUAUUAAACUACCAGAAAAUGAAGAUGAAGUAAAAUUUCUUGUGACAGAGUUUUACAAGAUACAUGGAUUUCCACAAUGCCUCGGCGCUGUUGAUGGUACUCAUGUUCCAUUUAAAAGACCACAAGAAAAGUCAACUGAUUUUAUAAACAGAAAAGGUAGACACUCGAUCAAUGUCCAAGCAUGUGCCGACUAUAAAUACUGUUUUCUCGAUGUAGUGAUUAAAUGGCCGGGGAGCGUUCAUGAUGCUCGCAUAUUUGCAAACUCAAGCCUAAACCAAAAACUGCGAGAUGGCACAAUUCCCUCUUGUCCCAGAGUAGUUGUUGAGAAUGAAGAUUCUGUGCCCAUCUGUAUAUUAGGUGACCCUGCCUACCCCCUCUUGCCUUUUCUAAUGAAAGAGUUUGCUGAAGGGGGGAAAGAUGCUCAUGAACAAUUUUUUGGAUACAGACUUUCUUCUGUUAGGAUGGUCAUAGAGUGUGCCUUUGGGAGAUUGAAAGCUCACUUUGAUUGCCUGAGAAGAGAGAUGGACAUUAAUAUUGAUGACCUCCCUGCUGUAAUUCACACCUGUUUCAUUUUACAUAAUUUCUGUGAAAUGAAUAAUGAAAUUGUAAGUCAACAGAUGGUUGAACAGACAGUGCAGUAUGAUGUUGAGUUCCAAAGGCAAAGGCAACCUGGUCCAAAUCAGCCCACCAAUGAAACCGCUGGAAAGAGAAUUCGUAGAAUUUAUGUCAAAUACUUUGAAUAA